AGGGAAUCGAAUAUUUGGGUUUUUGCUGACCAAGAGAGAUAAAGCUAGUAACAAUUGUCAUUCGACAUAUAACUAUAUGCUAUAUUGUCGUCCACUUUGUCUUACGUUUCAGUGUCUAAUUUGGAAAAAAUAAUAUUUGGAGUUUUAGAGGCUAGAUUUAAGUCAAUUUCUCAGAUGGGUUUUUUCUUCAAUUUAUAAGUUUUUCAUUUACGAUCAGAAAUGGGAGCUGGUACUUGCGGAGAAGUUGAACGUACAAUGUUCCGAAAAUCAGAUAGUGAUUGCAAGAGAGAAGGAAAACAUGUAGGAGCUAUACCUCCAAUCAUGGGUGGAAAUUUAAGAGCAGCUAAUCAAUUUGAACUGAUGGCCCCCUCAAUUGCAUUCAAAUCAUAUCCCUAUUCAGAAGUACCACAAUAUUCUGGUGGCAAUGUGACUGUUGCUUGUCCCGAGCCUAUGGUAAAACAAAAUAUAGAAAGAUCAUCAGUGCAUCAUAAUGGUAGAAUGAUAUUGCCGGCUGAUGUGAAGGAGGAGCCACUGUAUGUAAAUGCCAAACAGUACCAUGGAAUUCUAAGGCGAAGGCAACUCCGUGCUAAGGCUGUGUUGGAGCAAAAAGUUGUAAAAUCAAGAAAGCCUUAUCUUCAUGAAUCUCGGCACCGGCAUGCGAUGAGAAGAGCUAGAGAUGGUGGAGGCAGAUUUCUCAACACAAAGAAGAAGAUUCAAUCCACUAAUGGCAAUAAUGAUAAUGCAACUCCAAACAGUGAAGGCAAAGGUUCAUUGAACUCUGAUUCUUCUCAAAGUUACUUAGUCAAUUAUGGAGAUGAUAUUGGAUCAUCAAAUAGUGCUGUUGAGGGAUUUCUGUACCAAGGAAUAGAUGAUAAUAGUACAGAAAAUCUUCAACUGGGUUGUUGUCAUUAUCAGUGGAACCUCAAUGACAACCAUUGCAAUUGCAUGCAGUCACAAGCGCGCUUCUAAUCUCCAGCAUUUCUAAAGAGUCGUUCUGCCAGACGUCUAGUAGUCUUUGACUUAGUAUUUGAAUCGCAAAUCUCAGUGCACGUAAAAGGCGUUUCCCAUCUGACUGAUAUACUAUAGUUUAAUUUUCUAUUUUGGGAGUUAUGUAAAUAUCCAAUAUUCCUGCCGCUGUAACUUUAUCUGAAAUAUACAAUACUGUGGUAGUAUAGUAUCAGUUUUGGGUUUGUCAGUGGGCC